AUGGAAAACCAUAACACAUCUCUUACAAACAAUGAGUCCAAAGAUAAUUUAAUUAGUGCUAAUCAUAUAAAUGAGCUCCCAAUUAGUGCUGUGUUUAGUAACAAGGAUAGUAAUGGUGAUCAAAUUAUGUCACCUGAAGAUGUUGAAGCUUUGAUGAACAAAUUUCCUCCAGGUUUUCGAUUUCAUCCUACGGAUUAUGAGCUAAUUAAACAUUAUUUGGGGAGGAAGCUUGCUAAUUUGCCUUUGCAUCCUAAUAAGAUUUAUGAGUUGAAUAUUUACAAGUAUGAGCCCGACACGAUUGCUGCACAACUUAAGCCUACGACAACGGAGAACAUAUGGUAUGUUUUUACUCCAAGAGAUCGCAAAUACCCAAAUGGAGAAAGACCAGAUAGAUGUACUUGGAAUGGGUAUUGGAAAGCAACUGGAAUAGAUAAAAUUAUAGUAGAUGAUGAUAACAUUAGUAAAAUUGGAUCAAGAAGAGCUUUAGUUUACUAUAUUGGAAAGCCUCCAAAUGGAAAAAAAACUGAUUGGAUUAUGCAUGAAUAUAUGAUUCCUAAAAUUACAAUUCCAAAUAGUUCGACACCAAGAAAUCCCAAGUUGGAUGAAUGGGUUUUGUGUAAGUUUUACAAUAGAAAUGAUGUAAUUACUAGUGGGUCCACAAGAAGGAAGAGAAAGAGGGGAGAUCAUGAUCCAAUUAUUGAUGAAGUUCAUCAAGACCCUGUCAGAAACGACUUCACAAACUUCAAUAACAACGACAAUCAUGCAGUUAUGUUAUCAGAGGGUACAAGUCUUGGAAACGACCCCACAAGCUACUUCAAUGACAACUACAGUCAUGCAACGAUGUUUUUUCAGGGUACAGAUCAGGAUUCUAUGAGAAACGAUCCCACAAGCUAUGAUAACAACUACAAUCAUGCAAUGACAUUGCACCCUCAAGUUCACAUGGAGGUUCCCACCUUACCUCAAUGCCCUUACAUGCCAUUCUUGUCUAACUAUCAAAAUUAUGUAUCUGAUCACUUCAAUGAUUAUAGCAUUGUCGAUCCCCCUUUGCCUUUGAGGAUUGAACCUACACCUACCAACAACUCAAUCGAACAUGAUUACACCAUGAACAAUGAAAGUGUUGGAGGUGAUUAUGGUGAGUAUUCUGAAGUACAUGACCAAUAUUAUGUAUCUGAUCAGUACAUCGUGGAUAAUUAUGAGUCACAAUAUGACACGAACAACUUUGUCAAUGGUGAGACUACUACCUCGAACAACGUUGUCAAUGGUGAGACUAUUACCUCGAACAACUUUGUCAAUGGUGAGACUACUACCUCAAACAACUUCGUCAAUGGUGAGACUACUAACUCUGACAAUUAUGAGACUAAUACCUCGAACAACUUUGCCAAUGAUGAGACUAGUACAUCGAAGGAAGAUUGCUAACAUAUGUGGUAUUUUUAUUACAAUUGAUUAGCUUUAAAGUUUUAGAUCUUAGUCUUCACAAUUAUGAUUUGAUUUUCUGAUGUAG